GUAUACCUGCACAGCAAGAGCCUCAUCAUCUCUUUUCUUUUGAGGUCAUGAAACGCGUACGCACAGAACAGAUUCAGAUGGCAGUGUCCUGCUACCUCAAGCGCCGUCAGUAUGUGGACUCGGAAGGUCCCCUAAAACAAGGGCUGAGGCUGUGUCAGACUGCUGAAGAGAUGGCAGCUAAUCUCACAGUCCAAUCUGAAUCUGGUUGUGCCAACGUUGUGUCUGCAGCUCCCUGCCUGGCGGAGCCACAGCAAUAUGAAGUACAAUUUGGACGAUUACGCAAUUUUCUCACAGAUUCAGAUUCUCAGCACAGCCAUGAAGUGAUGCCUCUUCUGUAUCCCCUCUUCGUCUACCUCCAUCUGAACAUGGUCCAGAAUGGCCUAAAAAGCACAGUGGACAGUUUUUACAGCCGCUUCCAUGGCAUGUUCUUGCAGAAUGCCAGCCAGAAGGAUAUCAUUGAGCAAUUGCAGACUACCAUGACUAUUCAAGAUAUCCUGUCCAACUUGAAGCUCCGGGCUUUUCUGGACAACAAGUACGUCAUCCGCCUUCAAGAGGACAGCUACAACUACCUUCUUCGCUACCUCCAAAGUGACAACAACAACGCCCUGUGCAAAGUCCUGACCUUGCACAUUCACCUGGAUGUGCAGCCCGCCAAGAGGACCGACUACCAGCUCUACGCUGGUGGGAGCUCCUCGCGCAACGAGAGCAAUGGCCUGGAACCCAGCGACGUGCCGGCUUCCAUUCUGCAGAACGAGGCGGCGCUGGAUUUACUGCAGGACAGCAUUAAACGUGUCAAGGACGGGCCCCCUUCCUUAACGACCAUCUGUUUCUAUGCCUUCUAUAACACGGAGCAGUUGCUGAACACUGCAGAGAUUUCACCAAAUAGCAAGCUGCUCGCUGCUGGGUUCGAUAAUUCGUGUGUGAAGCUGUGGAGCCUGCGUUCCAGGAAGUUAAAAUCUGAGCCCCACCUUGUUGAUGUGUCCCGCAUCCGCCUGGCUUGUGACAUCUUGAAUGAGGAGGAGGAAGAGGAUGACAGCGCAGGCACAGAAAUGAAGAUCCUGAGAGGACACUGUGGACCUGUGUAUAGCACGAGGUUCCUUUCAGACAGUUCGGGACUCUUAUCUUGUUCUGAGGACAUGUCCAUCAGAUACUGGGACCUCGGAAGUUUUACAAACACUGUGUUGUACCAAGGACAUGCCUAUCCUGUCUGGGAUUUGGAUAUUAGCCCAUGCAGCCUGUACUUUGCCAGUGGUUCCCACGAUCGCACUGCAAGGCUCUGGUCAUUUGAUCGGACGUAUCCACUGCGAAUAUACGCAGGCCAUUUGGCAGACGUAGACUGUGUCAAGUUCCACCCCAAUUCCAACUACUUAGCGACAGGCUCCACGGACAAAACAGUGCGCUUGUGGAGCACUCAGCAAGGCAACUCAGUGCGUCUUUUCACCGGGCACCGUGGCCCCGUGCUAGCGCUUGCGUUUUCUCCCAAUGGUAAGUACCUGGCAUCAGCAGGUGAAGACCAGCGGCUAAAGCUGUGGGACUUGGCGUCAGGAACUCUUUACAAAGAACUGAGGGGGCACACAGACAACAUAACCAGCCUUACUUUUAGCCCCGACAGUAGUUUAAUUGCUUCAGCAUCGAUGGACAAUUCAGUCCGGGUCUGGGACAUUCGGAACACUUACUGCAACGCCCCUGCAGAUGGGUCUUCCAGUGAACUGGUUGGUGUAUAUACCGGACAAAUGAAUAAUGUACUGAGCGUACAGUUUAUGGCCUGUAAUCUUCUUCUAGUGACUGGAAUUGCACAAGAAAAUCAGGAACAUUAAUUUUUUUUUUCUUAGGGAAGUGGGUGGGUGUAUUGAAUGCCAGAGUCCAUUGCAAGCUGAGAUUACUGACUGUGAAACACUUUUCUUCCUCUGCCCCCUUGAAAGGCAUGUUGAGAGUGAUGCAAAUGCUUUAAAACAUCUUGCCCACAAAAAGGCCUGUGCUGUUGAACGUAAUAAGGAAAAAAGGAGGAGUGAUGAAAGUACAUAUACAUUCUAAUCUUGUACUUGUAGGGAUGGGGAAAAGGGGAGGAAAUCCAGUAGCUUGGGGAAACCAAAAGCCCGGUCCAGACAAGUGAAACUGCCAACCAGAUAAGCUGCUGACCUGCACUUAAAUAUCCUGUAUUGAUCGAUGGGCACAUCUUACCUACUGUUAACUGAGGCUUGAGUGUGUGGAGAACUACUGGCCCAGUGUUUUUUGUUUUGUUUUGCUUUUGUUUUCCUGGUAUUGCAGAGGACCAGCAUUUUAAGACCCUUCUAUUAAAAGAACAUUAUGUAUUUUCUACAGUGAUAGUGGUCCUAAAUAUUACAGCUCCCUAUAGCACUUCUGGAGUAUUUUGGACUAGCUAAGUAGAAAAUACUAUCUUUC